AUGGCCUCCUCAACUGCACAAACCUUGUCGCCCAUUGAAGCAGCGAAGCGCGCAGCUGCCUUUGCCGCGGUGAAUGACUAUGUCAAACCCGAGCACAAGUACAUUGGUAUUGGCUCUGGCUCGACAGUCGUAUACGUGGUCGAACGCUUUAUUGAGCUCGGUGCAGAGGCGAACCAGCAUCGCUGGUUCGUUCCCACCAGCUUCCAGGCGACCAACCUGAUCAAGGAAGGCGGCCUGCGCCUCGGAGAUAUCGAGCAGAUUCCUGCCCUGGACGUCACCAUCGAUGGUGCGGAUGAAGUCGAUGCAGCAAUGAACCUUAUCAAGGGAGGUGGCGCUUGCCAUCUGCGUGAGAAGGUCGUGGCAGAGUCGGCGAAGGAUUUUAUCGUCGUGGCUGACUACCGCAAGAUUUCCCAGGUGCUGGGCGACAACUGGAAGAAGGGUGUCCCAAUUGAGGUUGUGCCGUUUGCAGUUACCCAUGUCCUCACCGCCCUGAAGAAACUCGGCAGCACAGAUGCCAAGCUCCGUAUGGCGGUUGCGAAGGCUGGUCCUGUCGUGACAGACAACGGCAACUUGUGCAUUGACGCUGUAUUCCCACAGACGCUCAUGCGUACGCCCGAUGUGCUUCUGCAGCAGAUUAAGCAUCUCACGGGUGUAGUAGAAGUGGGCAUCUUUACUCAUAUUUGCAAGGCGGCGUACUUCGGCAUGGAAGAUGGCACCAUCACACAUCAACUGCCGGACGGCAGCAUGAACAAGCUGGAACCCCAGGUGUAG